AUUUACAUGGUAGUGUUCUAUGAAGAUGACAACCAGUGCUUGUAAUAGUAGUAUAGAAUCACCGUGCUGCUACAAUACGUAUCUAGACCCAAAGAGUAAGACAUGCACAGAAUGUCCAGCUGGAUCUUUUGGUUUGAACUGCAAAAUGGCAUGUCCGUCGGGAUAUUACGGACGGUUGUGUCUGUCUGUUUGUCAGUGUCCUGACUACGACUGUAAUGAUAUCACUGGGUGCAAUACAGAAAACAGCGCUAGUUUUCCUCUUAUAUCAACUGUCAUUACAUCUCAAACAACAAAAAUUGCUGAAAGGACACGUAUAACGGCAGAUAUUCAAACCACAAUAACGUCCCAUCCGUUUCCAGCAAAACAUCAUGAUCAAAAAAUAGCUGUAAGCUCUUCCCUGAUUGGUUCGCUGGUAACACUCAUUCUGAUUGGAUGUUUUCUGUACUUCCGUUCUCGAAAGAGACUUAAAGUUGAAUUUCCGAAAAGAAUUCGAAGGAUUUUAUUUUCUCGCACAGAUGAAGAAAGAAACAUACAACUUCUUCAAGAGGAUCAUCACCCUCCAUCCACGGUCACCACAUUGAGCCGAUGCCAAGAUGACGAUACCUAUAUGGAAAUACGGUUCUCUCAAAUGUUUGCUGCAUGCUUACUAACAUGCUCAACUACAAUAAACAAUAAUGAAAAGAACCACGUGGCAUCCAAAGAGCUUAGAAAAGUUUCUAGAAAUACAAUUUUGUACGGGAAAUGUUCAUUUGAAAAUGAAUAUGACCAUGUUAAACUUAGAGUGAAAUCCGGCAUUUCUGAGCUGCCUUAUCAGAAAUUCGGAGUUGGAAACGAUCUGGAUUAUGUCGUUCUGUCUGAAAAAGGUCCAUUGCAGAAACAAUUGUCAUAUCAUGACGAAAGUAGCAAAUCUUUGACUUUACCUUCCAUUUGUAAAACAGUUAAACAAAAAUUACAACAACAUUCCUACAGUUUAUGCCAUGCAAAAUCAGAAAAUGACUUGGAAGAUGAAAAGAUUCCAAAUGAAAAAGAAAAGGAGUCAAUUAAAUCAACUUCAGACAUUUCAGUGACUAAAAAAGACCCCGGGUUUAAGGAGGGCAGUGGACCGUACAGUUUGGCUCAUUCAUUGUCCCAUAAUGAUUUAAGUUUAGAUGACGAAGGAAAAUUAGGAAGCGAUCCAUUCAGUAGUGUUAUACCGAAAGUAAAGAAAGAUUUGGAAAGAAUGAAACCAGAGAAUUUGAUAAACAGUCGAUAUAGCUAUGUUCAAAAAAUAGAAGAUUGAGAAAAAGAAUGAAAAACCAUAUUGUAUACACAGUGUUGUUACAUAUGUAUU